AUGUCGCUUGGAGUGCCAUUAUCGCAGAUUAUACAAGGACGAUCUGAGCGCGUACGAAGCGGUAUAAAAGGAUUAGACGCGGCUUUAAACGAUGGAUUUCAACCGCAAUCAAUUUACGAGGUAUAUGGAGUACCGGGAAUUGGGAAGACGAAACUUGGAGUACAGCUAAUGAAUGAAAACUGCGAGAAAACGAAAUGUCUUUGGAUAGACACGGUAGAGCAGGCACCUUUGAGCCUUAUAGAGGAUAGCGAGACAUGUUACUUCACCAGGGUUAAAAAGUUUACGCAACUGUGGUAUAUGUUCCAGCAUCUCGAGAAGUCAUAUGGGCUGAUAGUUAUUGACGGUUUUUCCCAACUAGUGGUAGAAUAUCUACGAGUAUAUGAGAAAAACUCUGGCAAAAGGGUUUCGCUACAUGAUUUUAAGGUAAAGAGCCUGAUUCACAUCUUUGCAAUUAUGACCAAGUAUGCCACAGCAAAUAACACUGUGAUAGUGCUUCUGAACGAUGCGAUGAACACAGGAUAUCAAGACUAUUCGGACGAAGCUGUCACGUCUUACCAGGGUGAUGCGUCAUCUGGCAGCUUCCUUGUAAAAUCUGUAAAGAAGAGGCAUAUUCAAGUGCUUAAGAGCGGGCUAAUAGCGAACGCUGCAGUUGGCGGAAAAGACGGCCGGUGGGAGGUCUUUUUGAGGAGCCGCAUAGGUCUCUUUUGGGUGUGGGAUCCUGCGUCAGAAAGCAAAGUUCCUGAUGUCCUGCGUCAAUUUGUAGUGUGGAAAAGAAGCAGCUCCCAACCGCAAAUUGUUUACGUGAAAACAAACGAAAGAGGGAAGUUCUGCGACGGUCCUGUUGCUCCUCCAGUAAAAAUGGCAUCAACAUCAACACCAAGCAUAACACCAAGCGUAACAACCCCAAGCGUAACAACAUCUCCGCCAAUCUCUUCAACAGAAAUUGGAAAAGAAAGCACUACUCCACGUACCGAAUCAGAAAAUGAAUCAGAAUUGGACAGUGCUUCAGAAUCGUCCAUACGCAAACGAAGAAGAAUUUUAAGGGCCGUUGUUCGUACCGACCCUGGCCCUACAUCGAACUCUGAACUCAUCAAGAGCCAUAGUCAACCACCCACACCAACUUUCUCCCAAAACAUAAUUCAGUUCACUCCAAGAAUAGUAUACUCUGAUGCUCCCGUAGAAUUCACAACACCGGAAGUGUCAACUUCGUCUAUAGGUUCACUACAGACAUCAGAUGAUUUAGACAUAGUUUAUAAUAGCGAAGGCUAG